AUGGGAUAUGUGCGUAAAGGACGCUUUUUUGUUGGAAAAACACUUUACUCCUCUCUCUCUCUUGAAAAUCUCUUGGCUCUCUUGAACCGUCUCGUCCCUUCUCUCUAUCUCUGUAUCCGUCUCUCUCUGCCAGUAUUAAGUAUCUGUCUGUGUGUGUGUCUCUCCCUCUCAAUCUCUCUGUUCACUUCUCUCUUCUCUCUGUCUCUCUGUCUGUCUCUCUCUCUGUCUCUGUCUCUCUUCCCCCACACCUUCUCUCUCUCUCUCUUUUUUCUCUCUCUCUCUCUUUUUUCUCUCUCUCUCUCUCUUCUGUGCUGUGCCGGACACCUUUGCCUCUGCCUGCUCCAUCACAGCAACAGUCUUAGCUCACCCAGCGUGUGUCAAGGUACGUCGCCCCACCGUUCAACGCAAACUCCCUCUCUCUCUCUCUUCUCUCUCUCUCUCUCUCUCUCUCUCUCUCUCUCUCUCUCUCUCUCUCUCUCUCUCUCUCUCUCUCUCUCUCUCACUGCCGCCCCGCUGCUCUACGUCGCUACCCUCCCCAACCAAAGGCUUGCCACCACGGUUGCCGACUGCGCCAGUCCCCUCGCUGCUAUUGGUUGGACCCUCCACCAAACCCCACAAGUCUCCAGCUAUGACCUCUGUUUGAUUUCCUCCCUUGUCAGCGACCCCGACCUGCCCAUCUGCAACCAUACCCUCUACGUGGACCAAAGCUUCGAUGCCUACACCCAGACCCCAGUCAUCCUUCAGCGUCUCGCCCUCUACAAUGCCGUCCUCAUACUUUGCAGCCCCACCUCGACUCAAAAUGAACUCAUCUCUAAUUUCAUGGAGUUUCAAGCCAACGUCACCUACGAACUCCUCGACAUCCAAGAGUGUCCCAGCCCCAGCCCCGCUCUUGAACUGGCUGUUAAAGCACCCGCCGUCAUCAUCUUGGACAUCAACCUCAAUGUCCAGCAAGCUGUCAAUGCGCUUCUCGCCCUACGCUCGCGCAACUGGCUUCAAGAACCUGUACCCGUUCUCUUUGCGGGACGUUUUUACGCCGAAUAUGAGGACAUUAUCCUUUUUCUUGGCGGAAUCGAUGUCAAUCUAGCUGAGCAAGUGGCCAAUCAUGCUAUGCUUCUUGUGCCGCCAUUCCAAGGGCUGGAGAACCUCUGCGUGCCGGGCAGUGCUUUGGAUGAUAUCCUGCGACCAACAGCAAAUGACAUUGACCUGCUCGACCCUGCCAUUGACGAGAUUGUCAUCUCCCGCCAUCGCUUCACACUCACGCCACCACCCGCAAAUUUUGAUUUUGAAUUACGACGGCCUGAGCUUGUAUUCCCUGCUAUGCGCCGCGUUAACAAUACGUGGACCUGUUUCGACGGCGUUACCGGCCUCUUGACGCCCAUACCCAAGCUUCUUCUCGGCGGCUUUCCCGCUGGCAGCUACCCCAUCUCGCGAAGCGUCGCUCGCAUUACUAUUGAAAGUGUCAUACCCAUCAUGGAACCUGACUUGGCUUUGCGACACGAACUUCAACUGGAAAGUUUGGCUGCCUCGGCCAACGCCAGCAAUGGCCUUGUCUCGCUGAUACCCACCCUCGUUGAUUGCACUGACCUGGAUCAAAGUGGCGCCCCCCCAAACGUGCUCCUGCUGCACGCCCAUGCGUGCCCCGACUACGAUGGCUGCGAUGUGCCAUACCUCAUCUUUGACGACUUUACCGACACAGACAUGACCUGCGGCAUCCAAACCCGCUCGCUUGACGCUUGGUUCUCCGUGGUAGCUCAUGCACUCGCCUCAGCCGGCCUGGAUACCAUCUUGCUCCUUGUGGUUGACUAUCUACCCACCAUCAACAUCAGCCAUCUCCUGGAGGUGGCAAAUCUGGUUGUCGAUGAUGUCUUGAGUCUGAGCUACAGCAUUCAAGCACCCGAAGAAGUCGAGGUCGCUUAUCGAAUCGAUGAGUGGAUUGAUGCCCAUGCGUUCCGGCCUGUCGUCGUGUUGCUUGAGAACCUUGAGCUCGCGGACAUGCUCGAGGAUGUCAAAGGGCUUCUUCAGGCUCCAGCCCUCAUCUUCAUUGGACCAUAUGGCCCCAUCAACAGCUUGGAGCCGAGUCAUUGGCCGUGUGCCUUUCAAGUCGGUAAUGUCGGCCUGUUCAACAGCUCGGCAACACCCCUCAGCAUCCCCUAUGACUCACGGAUGACAUUUGAGCUCGUUGACCAAAUUGUCAACGAUGCUGCACGCACCUUUGGAUUUGGUAGCGAUGAUGCCCGAACCCGUGCUGCCUUGACCGCCGCCACAGCUGCUUAUGUUCUUGAACACACCCACGACCCUGUGGAUGAUGACCAGAGCAACAACGGCAACGAACCCAGCACACAUCGCCACAUCGUCACUGAGCAAAUAUAUCUCGUUCGAGUUAUAGAAAGCACUUUGAUUCCGAUCAUGGCCAUUGACGUGGAUACGCACCGCGCCGCCUUUCCAGACAUCACCGAUCAAGUGGCCUGCCUUGCCGCCACCGCUGCUCCCACUACUACCACCACCACCAGUCCGACAACAAUUGAUUCAACCCCCACGGCGCAAGCCAGUCGCGGGCGGCGUAAUCUUGACUUGCGGGCCUCGGGCAUUAUCAGUCUACAUGAGCUCUUUGGCCAUGGUAUUGAGAUGGUGGAAGAUCCCAAGCAGCCUGGGGUCACGUUUCUUCGCCUUCUAUUGAACAAGACAGUGUAUGAUGAAAGCCUGACCGCGGUGCUGUGCAGCAAGCUGGAUGAGACCUUGUCGGCAUCUGGACCUGAGCGCCUUCGAGCGGCCAGUGCAGUUACUGGAUUGCUGCGCCAACUCUUUCAAUCCGGCUUUGCACUUCCCUGGAUCACGAGCCAGAUGUUAACGCGCAGAAAGGCGAUAACAAACGUGAAAAAAACCACCAAGCCGAAGCGGGACCAAGAGCAUGGCCACAAGCUCGCCUCUACCUCAACAGCCAUCACGACCCUGCCUGACCCCACGGUACCGGACGCUCCAGAAUUGGAGACUGCAGUCACACGGCCUGGCACGCAAUUCCCACACCAUGUGCAGCCUGCUACAGCUGGGAAUUGGCAACUGUGCCCCUUUCAACUCCUGCUCAGCCGUGCCGAUCAGCGAGAUCAAAAGAUGCGACUGCAACAACUCAUGACCCUUCAGUCUAGUCGCUGGGCUGCACCCGAGGUCUUGACAAACUUUGAGGUGACUGAAAAGAGCAUGGUAUAUUCUGUGGGUGUGUUUGUGUGGGAGAUCAUGAGUCAUGGUGUCACGGUGACAGCCAUUGACCCGGCGCUAAGUACAAUGUUGCAGCUGUGCUGGCGGCAUCAACCUCAUGAGCGACCCACCCUCACGCAGCUGAAGACUGCUUUGGACUUGCUCGCCUCUGGGCAAGUCGAGGGCAAAACGGCGGAGGACGAUAGUUCAACUGACGCACGGCACGCUUCACCUACGCCCCAGACCCGUCUCGCUGAUGGGCCCAUUGCCAGUAGCGGUGGUGUGGCCAGCGGCAGUCAAGUAGGCAGCGGUGUAGCUGCUAGUGGGGCCGCGAGCAGCGGUGGCCAAGGCAGCGGUACUCGAGCCAAUGUGCCACCUAGCCUCAGCCCUGGCCAACCGCUUAUCAGUGGGAAUUCGGAUUCGGCUCGUCUGUUUGCCUCGCACUAUGUUUCGCGACCCGAUGAAACGCCGAGCGUCCAGCAACCUGGGCACUCGAACAACCCGCACACUACCGUGCAUCGCCUACGUCAGCUGAGCCACCCACUACACGAAACAUCCGUUUAACAGCAAUCUGUCAAGUCGCUUUUGACAGAGCCUCAACGCUUGUGCCGUAACUGUGCUUUUCGUUUGUUUGUUUGUUUGUGGUUUUUGAUGAUUUUUCAAAGGUUUUCUCCUUUUUUUCGGCGGGGUGGGGGAUGUGUUUCUUUUUGCUUCCUUCUCUUUGCUUUCCCAUGUUUUAAGACAAAGUCUUUAUUUGCUCCUUGUGUCAUGCGGCCGUCAGGCUCGCACAUGACUUGUAGGCCCUCAUUAAUCGGCUAGGUUAGAUCUUCCUCGACACGACGUUUUUCUCCUGCUCCCUGUUUUUCUUCUCAACAAUGUUUUCACCGCGCGUUGAAAAAUUUUAAUCGGAUAUGAAGAAACU